CCUCUUCUCCCACCUUCUUCCCGCGGCCGCCCCACCACCUCCCACCACCGAAGAGCCGGCCAAGACGCCACGCACCAGCGACUCCUCCUCCUUCCUCACUGCCCCGUCGCCAUGGAAUCGUGCGGCUCAACACAGACCCAACGACCCCCAACCACCUUCAGCUCCUCCCCUCGGAACCACCUACUCUUCCUCUCCGGCGCAGCCCCCGUGGCCCCACGGCGUUCCCGAUGACUGGCCGCACCUCCAUGGGUCCAGCGCCUACACAAGCUAGAUCCGGCGAGGUCCUCCUGGUCCUGUGCCUCCCCCGAGCCAAAUCCGACGAGAUCCGUUACUCGUCGGCCGCCCAAGCACCAUCGCUUCCCACUGCGCCACAACUGCUGCUGCUGCAAGCCUCCACGCCCUAUCACCGGCGCCCGAGCUUCAAAUCUGGGGUCCUCGCGUGGCCACUGACUUGCAGGCGCUGGAUCCGCCUGGUGUGACCUCGCAUGGGCGUCGAUCCAAGGACCCCUCUGCCAACAAAUUCUGAUGGUCCCCGGCCGUCCAAACUCGCACGCCGACAGCCUCCAGCAAGCGCGGCUGGGUCGACCGCUGCCCGUCUGCCACUUUCUUCUUUUGCCCGGCGACGAGGUCAAUGACCGUCGCGCGCGUGAUGCCAGCCUCUGACUCCAUCUUGCAGUGAUGGCGGUCUCGGGGGCGCUGGAUUCCGACGCUAGGUCCGGCCAAUGGGGCCACCUGCCUCGCCUCCCCUCCACCCCUCUGUGUAGUUUGACAGAGCUCCAGCGGCCACGGAUUCGGCCAUCCCCGACCACCAGACUGUGGGACGACGGCCUGCAAUCCACAACUUAUGCAGUUCGCGAGGAGUGUGCUUGCAGUCUUAUCGGCGGCGCGAUGCUGCUCUCUUCUACAUCCCCGAGCAGUUCGCCCCGCCCCCUGCAUCCCGUCUCCUCCAUGACCUCACCGGCGUUGCCGGUCAGCUCGAAACUACAGCUGGGCGGUUCCCUGAUAGGCGUGUGCGGCUCGCCGGGUUGCAGCCGUGUAGUUCGCUGGAGCUGGCGUUUGCAGUGCUCUGUGCAUGGCAAAAUACUCCUCUCUCGUCAAAGCUCCUUCCUGGUGGCGCUAGUGAAACGCACGACGGGCAACUGCAAACUGCACACCCCUCCCUAGCCGUCCCGAUGCGACCCCAGCCCCCUCUUCCUUUGUUAUAGUUCAUUAUCUAUCUAUCUUGAUUGAUUCUUUAGACUGUAACGCAAAGAGGGGAAGGACGCGCGUGCAAUCCGGCUGUGUGGUGCCAUCUUGCGCUCUCUUCGGAAUAGAAGGCAUCAAACGGGGCAUUCGAUGGCGAGCUGCUCUCGGCUGACUGCAAGGACAAAGGCCGUGUGCCCACGCGGGUGCUGUUCGCCACGCCGGCCACACGCGGCCACCACCUUCGUGCAGCGGCAGAUCCCUCAGGUGCUCUUCCCACUAUGUUCACCGUCAUGGCGCUCGAGCACACUCGCGGCAGUUCUUCUGGCAACCUUCUACCUCAUUCCUUCUUGCUUGGGAUUCCAUGGUGAUGAAGAUGUGCAGUGCAGCCAGAUCCCACGAGCAGUGCACCCCGCGCCCCUCGUGUGGUUCAUCCACUGCCACCAUGGAUCCCCUCCCUUCCCUAAUCUCUCUACACAACAGACGAGCUGCUCUUUUGUCACUCAUGGGCGCGCGCCUGAUGGGGAUGCUACUGGUCUGAGCUACCACCACCUCUCAUCCUGGCGACAUCUACAUCUGUUUUGAGACGCCUCACCUUGUGUUUAGUUUAGGUGUCUGUGGUGCAGUACAGCCGCCAUGGACGUGCAAUUGGUGGGCGCACCAGCGACGACGACGACAACGGAUCUUUGGUGAGCUCCCGUCCUGUUCGAACUCCCCCUUGGCGCAGCGCAGUUGACAAGUGUUAGGCGUAGUUUUGUGGUGCUUGCUAUGUAGUAUAAAAUUGCAGUGGAAUGUUUGUAUUCAUUUUUAUCUGGGAAGAAUCAAAGUUAUCUGUUUGGUGCACUUUGAUUGUAAGCCUUUCUCAGAAAAUUUAU